AUGUGUGACGAAUCUGUGUUCUGGAAUUACAUUGUGAUUGAGAGUGUAUUCAUUGUUCUUGGAGUUAUUCACAACAAGGCAAAGAAAGCCCCGGUAGACACAGAAGCCAAUCCCGUGGCUUUGGAGGAUCCUUCCGAUCUAUCCCAACUUCAGGUUGGCAUCUCAACAGCUGUUGCUCGCCUGAAAGAUGACCUGUCGAAGCUUCGCGCCGGUGGGCGAUUCAACACUGCAUCGCUCGAAGGGUUGAAAGUCCAAUUGAGCAAAGACAGUCAUGAAUUUGUCAAAUUACGUGAUUUGGCUCAAGUUGUUCCCAAAGGAGGACGCAUGGUGACGAUAUUGAUAGCUGAAGAAGAGCAUAUCAAACCGGUCACAUCAGCGAUUGUUUCUUCGAAUAUGUCCUUGACUCCGCAACCAGACCCCCAUAACGCUCUUCAACUCAACCUUCCGAUCCCACCACCGACCAAGGAAACUCGGGACCAAAGUGUCCAAGCGGCCAAGCAGGCCUUUGAGAAAGCCGCAAGCAUGGUCCGGGACUCCAGAGGGGCUAUGCACAAGCGUUUGCAAGAUUUGCAGAAGAAGAAAUUGGCUCGACCGGACGAUGUUCGUAAGGCUCAUGACCAGAUGGAAAAGACGACCGACAAAGGCCAGAAGGAAGUCAAGGAUCUAUUUGACGCGGCUAGAAAGACAUUGGAGCAAAUAUAA